AUGGAUCCCUACAACCCAAAUAAUCCCAACUCAUGUUCACACCCGUUUUCGUCAUCCGACUACACACCCGCAAUGGACAACGCUUUUGCGGGUCACCAACAAAUGCCAAACGCUUUCAACCAAUACCCGUUCAACCCGAGGCAAAUGCAACAACCCAACAUGCCGUUCAACCCAUAUCAAAUGCAGCAACUAAUGCAAAACCCGCUAAAUAUGCCAUAUCAACCAACGCCACAAGCACCACGAACACAAAUCGAGGAACAAGAUGAUGACGUAGAGGUUGUGCGAGAAAUGCAACCUGAACCUUCAAAAAAGAAAAAUAAAAAGGGAAAUGGUAAAAAGGAAGACGCAGCCGCCAAACAACAACAACAAUGGACAAAAAAUGAGGAAGAUGCGUUGGCGAAAGCAUAUAUUAACUCUUCAACAUCUCCUAUAAUCGGUAACAAUCAACCAGGCGAUUCGUUUUGGCAAGAAGCCCUUGAUUUAUUCCACAGGCUUAUGGAACAAGGCGAGUACAGAACCAUUGAUUCUAUCAGCUCGAAGUGUUGCAAGAUGAAUACGUUGAUCCAACGCUUUUGUGGGUUUUAUAACACAACGCUCGCCAACAAACCGAGUGGGUGGAACCACGAAAAUGCUUACAAUGAAGCGGUGCGUUUAUAUGAAAAUGAGAGCAAAUCUCCUUUCCCACAUGUCCGUGCUUGGCUAGUUGUAAAGGAUCGACCAAAAUGGAAGGGAUGUCGAAAUGAGGUUGCACAAGCGAAACGAGCAACGAAACGGUCUAAAACUUCCGAGUCAGGAAGUUAUAGCGUUGGAGGCUCAACCGGUUGUUGCCAAAUAAAUAUCAACGACGAGCCCGACUAUGAGAAGGAGCCGAAUGAAGAUGGAGAACGUCCCCCAGGAAGAGACAAAAGAAGUGGUGGUGGUUCGAGGUUGGAAGGUGUUAUGGCCGAGUUGAAAGCAUUCAACCAAAUCUUUAACGAGACGCAAACCGAGAAGGUAAAGAUGAAAAAAAAACUAGCCGAUGAGAAGCAAAAGAAGCAACAAGAAGCACAGGAGUUGGAGGAAUGA